AACAUAUAUCUAGUUAAAAAUCCAUUCUUAAGAGCCAUAAAAUGUAUAGAGUUGACAUGAUCAAAAUUUUCCUAGCCAUAAUGUUAUGCGUCCAGCUCCAGAUCAACAUUUCAAAUGCAGAUACUUUUUCUGUUGGUGGCGCCAAUGGUUGGGGCUUUAACAUGAAUGGAUGGCCUAAUGGAAAAAUUUUCGAUGUUGGUGAUGUCGUUGAGUUUAAGUAUAAAAUUGGAAUGCACAACGUGGUGAUAGUGAACAAAGUUGGAUUCAACUCUUGCAAUGCUACUGGAGGAGAAGUGCUUAGUUCAGGAGAUGAUCAAGUAUUAGUUCCAAAAGGGACAACCUAUUUCAUUUGUAGUAUCGGAGAUCAUUGCGCUAAUGGUGUCAAGGUUGCCAUCAUAGGCAAAUGA